AUGCGGCUGAAUUCAUGCGAGGAACAACUGGAUUCUUUCCAGUCGGUAGUUCACGUUGCUUUGAAUUCCUGUAUCCCCAUACGUACUGUGAAACAUCAUCCUAACGACAAACCAUGGAUUACUCCUGUUAUUAAAGAAUCUAUUAAGAAACGUCAACAAGCUUUGUUGAAUAAUGACUUACACCAAUAUAACGUUUAUCGCAAUAAAGUGAUGAGAUUCUGUAAGAGAGCACGCCAAAGAUUCUACAAUGACAAAAUUAAUCACAUGCAUGAGAGUAAUCCUAAAAAGUGGUGGGACGGAAUCAAGCUGUUGUCUGGACUUCCUAAUCCUCCCCCGUUAACAAGCUUAGCCGUAAAUGGCACUGUUUUGAAGGACUUCGAUCUUGCUGUUGCUAUUAACGAAUCCUUUUGCAGUGUUGAUGCUGACAUACCACAACUAAACUUUACUCCCAUACCUAUUUCCAACAUUCCUGAUGAGUACAUUUUUACCCGUGAUGUCGUAGAACUUGCUUUGGUAGCUGUCCAAGAUCGCAAUUCUGUAGGACCUGACGAGAUUCCCAAUUGGCUCUUGAAUACCUGCGCUACAACUAUUAGCAUCCCUGUGUGUUCCAUGUUUAACUCUUCCAUUAGAGAAGGUCGUGUCCCCGGGCUGUGGAAAUGUGCGGAUGUCCUCCGGUUGGGGAAGAUCUCUAGACCGAAGUCUAUUGAUACGGACCUUAGACCUAUAUCUCUAACUGCAGUGUUGAGCAAAAUUCUUGGGUCUUUUGUUUUCAACUGGCUUGCACCUAUUGUUAUGCCAUGCAUCGACCCUUUCCAGUUUGGUAGUGUGAAAAAGUCUUCAACCACUCACUCCCUCGUGCAUUUAGUCCACUACUGCCUCUCUGCCCUGGAAACGCCUAACACCAUUAUCCGAACCUGCUUCAUCUAUUUUUCCAAAACGUUUGAUCGAAUUGAUCAUAACAUUCUGAUGCGCAAGUUACAGCUUCUCAAUGUUCCACCGGUCCUAUUAAACUGGUGUCGUCAAAUUAAAAACUUGUAAAUCUGAUUGGAAAGAAAUAAAAGCUGGAGUUCGGCAAGGUACCAAACUUGGUACUCUGUUCUUUCUUAUAAUGGUCAAUGAUCUGUCCAGCGAAUUGCCUUUGUACAAGUAUGUUGACGAUUGUGCAAUCUCUGAAGUCGUUAGAGUAUGUGAACCUGAUCUACCAAAAUUACAGCAAGAACUUGACAACGUGACCCAAUGGUCAAGUGCGAACAACAUGAAGUUGAACGUUAAAAAAACUAAAGAUUUCACCGUGUCAUAUUUGAUCAAUCAACCCUUGGCGCAACCCUUGAUUGUCAAUAACCAACCCCUGGAGGCUGUUAAUACCAUCAAGCUCCUGGGGGUAAAUUUGACCUCCGAUCUUAAGUGGACUACACACAUCAGGCACAUAUCCUCCAAAGCAAGCAAACGUCUGUACGCUUUAAGGAUAUUAAGAAGAAAUGGUGUCCACCCGAGUGAUCUUAGGACA